CUGAUUAUGACAAAACCACGGAGAAAGUACCUGAAUAUAAAACAAUGAGUUUUCGAGACAACAAAAGGGGAUAAAAGCCCGGGGAACAAAAUCUUUCCAAAAUUAACAAACGUUACGAAAAAAUAAAAUACGAACGACAAAUCCGGCUACAACGGCGGGCUCCAAGAUAUUAAGAGGGACAUAACCCAGAGAAAACAAACACCAUGAAAAGCAACACGAGGGACUAUAAAAGACAGCGCGGCAGACUUUAUGGAAGCUUAUAAAGCACUGCUGAGCAUACACUUUGAAUGUUAAAACUACGUUGAAGCAACACACGCCAUAAAAACAAAGUUGAAGGCGACGCACGCCGUGAAAACAAACUUGGAAGGCGACACACGCUGUAAAAACGAACUUGAAGGCGACAUGCGCAAUGUAAACCAGGAGGCGACGCUCGCCUUGAAAACUUGAAGGCGACACGUACCAUGAAACUUACAAGGCGACACCACGCCAAGAAGACUAACUUGAAGGCGACACACGCCAAGAAAACUAACUUAAAGGCGACACACGCCAUGUAAACUAACUUGAAGGCGACACACGCCAUGUAAACUAACUUGAGAACGACACACGCCAAGAAAAGUAACUUGAAGGCGACACGCACCGAGAAAACUUACUUGAAGGCGACACACACCAAGAAAACUAACUUGAAAACGACACACGCCAAGAAAACUAACUUGAAGGCGACACGCGCCAUAAAACUAGAAGGAGACAUACGCCAUACAAACCAGGAGGCGACACACGCCAUGAAAUCUAAGACGCCAAGAUUAAAAACUUGCCCUUAGCGGAAAGAGCGGGAUUAUUACCGGUAGCAGGAACUACAGCUGCGGCCUCUGCGGCCGAACAAGUGACUAUCAAAACGUCAGGAGGAACAGCAGCAAGAACUUCAGCCAUAAGGAAAUUUGCUCAGCGACGGAAACGUGGGAAUAACCGCAAAAAGAGAACACAGAACAGACCUUUCGUGGCAUGAACGCAUAACAGAACGAUCUCAAGUGCGGAGGGCAUAUAAAUUCUUUGCUCGAUACCCACGGGUGUUACGAGGGUCUCUAUAAGAAGAGUACGCUAAUUUAUGUAGCAUGCACAGCCAUUCCGACGCAAUCAUAUCAAUGGAAACAGCGCAGGGUUUUAACAUGAAAAGGAGGGGCUUUCUAAUAUGCCACAUAGGCACAGUAUCGGCUGAGUGCCAUGUGUGCGAAUGAGAGGGAAAAAAAUCUUGGAAGACCGAUCACUACCUACCAUAGCUUUCACGUGGUAUCUUUCUUAACACGCCACUUUAACCACAAAAUUAGAUGCUAUAAAUCGCUUUCGAACUGAUGAUGAGAUCAAUCUAUGACUCUUUUAAUGGCAUGUCACCUCUCAGUUAACGUCGAAAUAGGUACUUUCCCCUCUCCCCCUUUCCCACCCCUCUGAAAAAUACCUUGUCACUCGAUCGUGCGACUUUCAAUUAACCUCUCCACUGCAAAGACGAGAACAAAAGGGUAAACGACUGUGACGUGGUUGAAAGUUGAAUAUAAUUGGAUUAAUAAUCGGGCUUCAUUCGGAAUUUGAAUGCCCCGUUGAUAAUUUGACAACUAGAAGCUGCAACUGAGUAUAGAAACAUUUUUUUGCCGUACUUUUCCUGAUAAAAUCUUCAGCUCAUAGAUUUUUCAGGACAAAAUGAGUGUAUCUGCUGAGAGAACGCUAUGCAAAACAAAUACAAAUGACGUAUCUCCCCGUAUCAGUUUACUGAGACUCACUUAGCCAUGCCCUCUGCUCACAAGAACAACGCUGCAAUUGUUUUGUAGCUUUAGGGACAUCAGUGCAUGAACGUUAAACUUCUUCUUGCGUUACAAUGUAGCCUUUCAUCUUAAACCAUCGUUUUGUUUUAUGAUCUCGGCUCAGAUUUGUUUAAACUGGUAAAAUGGCUUGUAAAUCGAAAACCAUCGAAGAAAUCGACGAUCUGUUGGAUAUGCUUCAAGUGAUGAAGGCGCUUGGUAUUUCGUGGAGAGGAUUACAAACAUUGGAUGAGAUGAAAUCACGAGUGAGAGCGGAAUUAAAUCAGUCCGUAGAAGAGCCUUGCUGGACUGCUGGUCAGGCCUUUUCCAUUUUGUCAGAAGCAAGAGAUGAAGAUGCCUGGAAAAGACAAGCUUUACUUAAGGCUUACUCCGAUACCGAGGAGUGUCUGAAAAAAAUGGAUGACAAAAUUCUCGCUUUGCUGCAGAAGAACGUGGUCAACUUAAAAGGGAAGAUAGAAAAUCACCAAGCACAACUAAAACGAAAAGAAUACUUCCUUCUGGUGGCAGGUGAGACAGGCUCUGGAAAAAGCAGCUUGGUCAACCUUAUUCUAGGAGAAGAACUUCUUCCAUAUUCCCUUCUCAGCACAACGUCCACCAUAUGCGAAUUGAGAUAUGGAGAGCAACCCAGAAUCGUGGCCCACUUUAAAAACGAGAAUCCUGAAACCGGGCCUUCAAUUAAGGAGGUCCCUCUAAAGGCGGCAUCCUCUGAACAAAGUUAUCUUCAGCAGAUCUCUCCCUAUGUUCACGUGAAGGGUGAGCGAGAAAAAGGCUCAAUUUACAAAAAAGUUGAACUCUUUUGGCCCCACGAACUUUUGAAGAAAGGCGUGGUUAUAAUUGAUAGUCCGGGUAUUGGCGAGUCUGAAAUCAUGGACGAGGUAGUCACGCACUAUUUACCAGAAGCCUUUGCCUUCAUUUAUGUCAUAAACAGUGGAAACGCUGGAGGAGUUCAGAAAGACAGAGUAAGUCUUGCCUUAGGAUUUAAGGUGGCUCAAAACAGUAAUAUUUCUAACGCGCACUUUAGCACGAGGCAUCAUGCGAUCACCCGAGGGGUCGCCAGAUAGCGCGAGAGAUUUAAUUUUUUAUCAUUUUCUCUGUUUCUUCUUCUGUGUGUAAUAAAACAAUUUUUAUAAAAAAAAAAAAAUAUGGGGUCACCGGCCUAGUUUUUAAGAGAGAUGUAAUUGAUGGUAAAAAG